UGCCUCGUAUCCCCGUCCAUGGCUGCUGGCUCGUUUACGGUUUAACUGCUGGCUCCCCAUCAGCUGAGAUGCGCAUGAAUAUCGUAUUCGUAUGCACGAGCAAUGUUUGCCGGUCUCCGAUCGCGGAAGGGCUUGCGAAGAAAUGGCUAUCCGAAAGAUACGGUGUUGGCGUUCAAGAUCUCGAGCAAGCCGGUUACAAAGUGAAAUCAAGAGGAUGCUCGACUGACUUCGAACCUGUAGGUUCCCCGGCAAGCCCCCAUGGCGUCACGAUCAUGCGAGAGCAAUAUGGCGUCGACAUUUCCGCGCACCGCUCGGCCAUGCUGUCCGAGGCCGACGUGCUGGAAGCGACCCACAUCUACUGCAUGUCUCGGUGCCACCACGAUUCCGUGCUCAGCCUGCUGCGGCGGGAUCCUUCUAAAGAUCACGACCUCCACAGCUCUCCACCGUUGGAUCGUCCACCAUCAUCCCGAGCAUCGCCGGGACCACCUUCUUACUCGGCUCCGGAUGCGGGCACCACCGGGGAGAGGCGCGAAAUGCCGUUUUCGGUUGUGGUAUCUGUGUUUGAGCCGGAAGUCCCUGAUCCUUGGCACGGAACGAUGGAAUACUACCGCGAGUGCACCGGGAUCAUCACCGAGGCCGUGACAAGGGCGCUGGAACGAGAAGCGCCGGGGGGUUCUGAUGGACAGCAGCAGCGCGAAAGUUCAUCAACAAGCCCACGGCCAGAUGAGGACAGGGGGAAACCACAAUCUUGAGGAGGCGAAUAUUGUUCGAUGUUCACAUCGGAGUUAUGAGUCGAUGCGCCUGUCCAUCAUUCGUGAAACAUGUUUGUACGUGGAAGCGUCGUUUAUCCAGUCUGUGUAGUUCUUGUGAUAGAGGCAGAUGACGUGUGGGUUGUUUAGAGUUCUUUUUUUGUUUGUUUUUCUCCCAU